UCUUCCGGCUCUUAUCUGCACUGAAGAGUUGCGGAGUUGCCUGGCAUUCGUGAGUUCUGCGGUACAAGGACUACCUGGAGGCGGAGGGGGAGAUAGAGAACGAGAGUGCAGAGCUCUGCUCCGCUUGCCACGGCGCCUCCGGGCGCGGCCAAGCCUGAGUCCUCUCUGGCUGUCAGUCGCCAGGCUGGGGAAGUGCCCAGAGGGCGGGCCUGGCGAUGGCUGCGGCUACGAUGCUGCUCUUCAAAAGCCGCCCAAGCAAAUUCUGUGCGAAAGGCUCUUUUAUUUUUCUCCUCAGAAAUGAAAUUUUGCCGGAGUAGUUGGAGUGAUCAGCGCCAUACACCUUGCGAUUUCAGCGCCUCUGGUGACAGAGUGCCACUGUCCACUGAAAUUCAUCAGCUGCACUAAAGCAAAGCUUGCCUCAGUGAAAGGAGUAUUCAUGCAGACUUCUGUGUUACAGGAUGGCAGCUCCUGCUUCGUCCCAUGGUCCUUCAGAGGACUCAGGCUGCCUUCAGGAACGAAAAAUAGCAGCAGAAAUGAUGUUGGUUGAUUGCCUGACAGAUGAUCAGGAGUUAGUGAGCUUUGAGGAUGUGAUUGUGGACUUUACCCAAGAGGAGUGGAGCUCACUGAACCCAGAUCAGAGGAACCUCUACAGAGAUGUGAUGCUGGAGAACUACCAGAACCUGGCCACAGUAGGGUAUCAGCUCAUCAAACCCAGUUUGAUCUCUUGGUUGGAACAAGAAGAGUUUAGUAAAGGUCAGAAGAUAGUUUUCCCAGAAUGGAAAUUACAGCUCGAAACCAAAUGUUCAGCGUUCCAGCAGGAAUUUCUGAGGGGUAACAUAUCCAGUAGAAUGCAAAUGCAGACAGGAAUCAACAGAGGAAGGGAGCUCUGUGAUGGGACGCAAUAUGGAGACUUCUUCAGUGAACUCUCACCCCUCAGGACAGAUAUGAAAACUCAACCUGCACAGGAUAAUUAUGGUUGUAGUCAGUACAGAAAAGACUUUCUAAUGCUUCAGAGGAAAAACUGUGCUGGUGAGAAACUUUCUGAGUUCAGUCAGAGUGAAGAAACCGGCAUGACCCCAGUUAAAGAGAAAAUUGAUACACAAGAGAAAGGGUUUGAAUGCAGCGACUGUGGGAAGUCCUUUAUGAGCCAGUCACACCUUCAGACACACCAGAGAACUCACAGUGGAGACAAACUUUAUGAAUGGAAUGAGUGUGGGAGAAGUUUUAUAAACUCAAGACUUGCUGUGCUUAUAGAAACUCUCAAUGCAAAGAAACCUCACAGAUGUAAGGAAUGUGGGAAAGGCUAUCGAUAUCCUGCAUAUCUAAAUAUUCACAUGCGAACCCACACUGGCGAAAAGCCCUAUGAAUGUAAGGAGUGUGGGAAAGCCUUCAAUUAUUCCAAUUCAUUUCAGAUCCAUGGAAGAACUCACACAGGAGAGAAGCCCUAUGUAUGUAGUCAGUGUGGGAAAGCCUUCACUCAGCACUCAGGUCUUAGUAUCCAUGUAAGGUCUCACACUGGAGACAAGCCCUAUGGGUGUAAGGAGUGCGGGAAAGCCUUUCUUACGUCCUCUCGACUGAUCCAACAUAUAAGAACUCACACAGGAGAGAAGCCUUUUGUGUGUGUGAAAUGUGGGAAAGCCUUUGCUAUUUCUUCCAACCUUAAUGGGCAUCUGAAGUUGCAUGCUGAAGAGAAGACCUGUGAGUGCAAGAUUUGUGGGAAAGCAUUUGGAUAUCUUUCAUGUCUUAAUAACCACAUGAGAACUCACAAUGCUAAAAAAUCAUACACGUGCAAGGAAUGUGGGAAGGCCUUUAACUAUUCCACCCACCUUAAAAUUCACAUGCGAAUCCACACUGGAGAAAAACCCUAUGAGUGUAAACAGUGUGGGAAAGCCUUCAGUCACUCCACUUCAUUUCAGAUCCAUGAAAGAACCCACACUGGAGAGAAGCCCUAUGAAUGUAAGGAGUGUGGGAAAGCCUUCAUCUGUCCCAGUUCCUUCAGGAUUCAUGAAAUAAGUCACACCCACACUGAAGAGAAACCCUAUAAGUGUCAGCAGUGUGGAAAAGCCUACAGUCAUCCUCGUUCACUUCGCAGACAUGAAAGAAUUCACUAGAGAGAAGCCUAAUUGAUGGAAGCAAUGUGAGGAAGCCCUUGUUUGUGCUCAUGUACUUUGAAGACAUGAUGGUACUCACACUGGGGAGAAACUAUGAAAAUUAGAUACUUAGCUUAGAGCAGUGCUGUGUUGCCAUACUGAGCAACACAAAUACUCCAUGUCAAAAAAAUUAAAGUGGAUGCUGGCAAGAUAGCUCAGUGGGUAAAAGCACUUGAUGGAAAUGUCUGACAGCUUGAAUCUGACCCACACUCACGUAAAUCAGACAGAUGUAGUGGCAUGCAUCUGUAUUCUCAGCAUUCCUACAAGAUCACCUGCAACCUUGCAGGCCAGCUAGUUUAUGUAGCAUGGCAGAGAGGAAGACUGACUCAACAAGGUAGAAGAUUUAAUGCCUUAAAGUUGACCUCUCAUCUCCAUGUUUCUGCCCACCCUCCUACAUAUACCACAGUAAUAAAAAAAAAUGUUUUUUCAAACAAAAGCAUUCUCCAUACACUCCUGACUACCCAUUUUCUAUCCCUGAAUCCCACAUUGUAAAGAGAGAAUUGGCUCCUAAAAAGCUGCCCUCUGACCUCCACAUGAAUGCUGUGGCAUGCACUCCCCCCAAUAAUAGUACAUUUUAAAAAUUCAAGUGAGGGACUGCAGAGAUGAUUGAAAUAGUUACAGGCACCUGCUGUACUUUCAGAGAGCCAGGCUUCAGUUCCCAGCACUCACAUGGUAGCUUGUAGCCAUUCAUAACUAGGUGAAGGGGAUUUGGGCCCCUUCUGGCCUCUGUGAUCACUCAGCAUACACAUGAGUGCAUAUGUGCAGGCAAACCAUGUAUAAAAUAAAAAUAAUAAAAAGCAAAUGAGGUUGCCAUGAGUCCAUUAGAAGUGACUAAUGUCCUCAAGAGGUUAAGAUGCUGCAGGAUGCACACAGAGAAGACCAUGGAAACUUCAGACAGCCUUCUGCAAAUGGAGACAAGUGGCUACCACAAGUGUUUCUACUAAGGCCUCCAGAGGGAAACUACCUGAAUUAUGCUGAUCUCUGAUUUCCAGCUGCCAGAUUGUAAGAAAUAAAUAACCAUGUUUAAGUUACUGGUCUAUGACUUUGCUGCAUUAACUCUAACAAAUUGUGUGUGUAAGGAGAGAACUGACUUCCACAAACUGUCCUCUAGUCUCCAUGAAUACACACUGGCAUAUUGGCUUAUGCACACACACGUGAGAAAAAAAGCCUAGAUUUUAAAGUUAUUUGUCCUGCAUUCUCAACCAUUCUAUUAUUUUUGAAGUCAGUAAUUGAAAAGGAGUGACCUUUUGGAGGAGUCUUGUUGCCUUGUUUUUGUUUUGUGGUUUUAUUUUGUUGUUUAUUUGUUUUAAGAUAAGGUUUCUCAAUGUAGCCCCGUCUUUCUGUCUGUCCUGGAACUUGCUAUUGAUCUGCUUGUGUUUCUAAGCUGUGAUUUACAUAUGUGGUUGG